UUUCUUGAAAUAAAACAAAACCCUAGAAAAUAACGCUCCCCUUUAUUACGGAAAGGGGGGAAAAUAAACUAAAAAAAAUUACAUAUAAAAAGGAACAAACGUGGUUCAAUCGAACUGUUCAUCUACCUCGGCUAACACAAACCCUCACUGUCACAAAUUACGAGAAAAUUUUCUGUUUUGAUUUUCAGAAAUAAUCCAACUUCAUAGUAUGCUUCAAGUGUUCCAAAUUGCUCCAACGCCUUUGUAUUUCAUAUUUGUCACAGAUGAUUGUUAUCGUUGUGGAGAAAUGAUCUUAGUGGAAAAUUGUGUUAUUAUUUCUGAAGGCAACGAGGUCUCAGAGGCAUCUAAAAUGAGCAAUUUAACUGGUGUAAAGACUGAAACCAAUUUGCUAAAUCAAUCGGAAGUUGUUCUAUGUCAAGAUUUAAAUGGAAGAUUGGACAGGGAUGGCUCUGCAGCUGUUUGUGAUUAUACUUGUCAUAAUGAUGGACACUCAGGGGAGGUGUCACAACUUUCUGCAAGAGACUCAGAUGGGAUCUCCGGUUUGAAUGCUGAUCCAGCUGCUAUAACUAAAAGUGCUAAGCGCGAAAAUGAUAUGACCUUGGAGGAUAUGUACAAUGCUCGGUACAAUUUUGACGAGGAGGAUGAUGACAGUGACUGGGAACCAUCAGAAAAGCAAAUAGAAGUUCUGAAGUGGUUCUGUGUCAAUUGUACAAUGGUUAAUGUCGAGGAUGUUGGCAAUUGUGAAAUAUGUGGAGAACAUAGAGAAUCUGGGAUACUCAGGCAUGGAUUUUUUGCAUCUCCAUAUCUGCCUGUAGAGGAUGUCAACCAAGAGGAGUUGCCUGUAACUGAAAAUUCUGAAGAUUUGUGCAAGCAAAGUUCUUUAUCAUCCUUCACUGCUGUAGGGUUCGAUGAGAGGAUGUUGCUUCAUGCAGAAGUUGUAAUGAAGUCUCAUCCACAUCCUGAGAGACCAGACCGCCUUCGAGCCAUUGCAGCUAGCCUUGCUACAGCAGGUAUAUUCCCCGGGAAGUGCUAUCCCAUUCCUGCAAGAGAAAUUACAAGGGAAGAACUCCAGAUGGUCCACUCCGUGGAGAAUGUUGAAGCCGUUGAUAUCACUAGGCGUAUGCUUGCCAGUUAUUUUACACCUGAUACAUAUGCAAAUGAACAUUCAGCAUGUGCUGCAAGGCUUGCAGCAGGUUUAUGUGCUGACCUUGCUUCGGCAAUUUACUCUGGACGUGUCAAAAAUGGUUUUGCUCUGGUUCGUCCUCCUGGCCACCACGCUGGUGUGAAACAGGCCAUGGGCUUCUGCCUCCACAACAAUGCAGCAAUUGCUGCAUCAGCAGCUGAGGCUGCUGGUGCGAAGAAAGUGUUAAUAGUCGAUUGGGAUGUUCAUCAUGGGAAUGGCACACAGGAAAUAUUUGAGAGAAGCAAAUCGGUUUUGUAUAUAUCAUUGCACAGACAUGAGGAUGGACGAUUCUAUCCUGGUACAGGAGCUGCUGAUGAGGUCGGUUCUAUGGGUGCAGAAGGAUACUGUGUGAAUAUUCCUUGGAGUCGUGGAGGAGUGGGUGACAAGGAUUACAUUUUUGCAUUUGAGCAAGUCGUGCUUCCUAUAGCUUUGGACUUCAAUCCAGACUUUAUUAUCAUUUCAGCAGGAUUUGAUGCUGCUAGGGGUGAUCCCCUUGGAUGCUGUGAUGUAACUCCUGCUGGUUAUGCAUCAAUGACUCAAAUGUUGAGUGCAUUGUCAGGUGGAAAAUUGCUUGUUAUUCUUGAGGGCGGCUACAAUCUUCGUUCAAUCUCAUCAUCAGCUACAGCAGUGAUUAAGGUAUUGCUUGGUGAAAGUCCUGUGAUUGACAUAGACAAUAAUGUACCUACCAAAGCUGGAUUGCGAAGUGUUUUGGAUGUUCUAAAGAUUCAGAUGAACUUCUGGCCUACGCUGGAGACAAACUUCACCAAAUUGCAUUCGAAAUGGGGAUCCUAUGCUUUACAGGACACAAGAAAACAGAGUAAAAAAAGACGCAGGACUGGUGUACCAGUAUGGUGGAGAUGGGGGCGAAAGAGUUUGUUGUAUCACGUACUGUCCAAGCAAUUGCGUGCAAGAUCCUGUUGUAAUUACUCUUGUAGAUGUUGAUUCGUAAAGUACAGGCAUUAUGUCCAGACUAUGCUCCUGUUUUGUUAACUGGCCUUACUGUUUCUUGUUCUUGUUUUGUUUAGUCAUUGUACCUCUAUCUAAAUCGUUCCCUGGACGUACUCGGAUAGUAGUUGCAUUUUGCAGUGUUCUCAUCUUA